UAACAAGUCUGAGUACAAUCAAGCACAGAAAGGCCAUUUUGUAGCAGGGAUUCUGCAUGACGUAUUACCGCUUUCUGGCAUAAAUCUUGGAGGACCAGUAGGCAGAGCAGAAUUGAAGCUGACAAGUCUGCAUCUUGUGGAGGACUGUAAUCUACUGUAGGAGAGAACAGAGCCACUUAAUCACUGCAGCUGUAACUAGGAGGCAGGGGAAGGAGCCCAGAGCGAGGCAAGAGGACAAGAAGAAAGUGUUGGGUGGAGGGGGAAUUAAAAAGCAUUUUUGGUGCAUGGGAUGAAGCCAACCAUGGAAACUGCUACGGAGGAAACUACAGAACAAAGCCAAGACAAAAAAGCCCACAGCAGACCAGAAAUGGAAAUUGGCAGGUACCACUGGAUGUACGGGAGUUCAAGGCCACAGCAGUACCAUCAAGUGCCAACAGUGAGAGGCAGUGAGGGUCCUUUGGGGAAUCAAGGUUGCUUUGAAUGCUGUAUCAAAUGCCUGGGAGGAGUCCCUUAUGCUUCACUGGUGGCCACCAUUCUCUGCUUCUCUGGAGUGGCCCUCUUCUGCGGCUGCGGCCAUGUGGCACUUACAGGAACAGUAAAAAUACUUGAAGAACACUUCUCCACAAGCCCUACCGAUAAUGCUCUUCUGACCGAAGUAAUACAGUUAAUGCAAUACGUCAUCUAUGGAAUCGCAUCAUUCUUCUUCUUGUACGGAAUCAUUCUGUUGGCGGAAGGUUUCUACACCACCAGUGCUGUUAAGGAACUGCACAGCGAGUUCAAGACAACAGCCUGUGGACGAUGCAUUAGCGGAAUGUUUGUCUUUCUGACCUAUAUUCUGGGAGUUGCCUGGCUUGGGGUUUUUGGGUUCUCUGCUGUUCCCGUGUUCAUGUUCUACAACAUGUGGUCAAGUUGCGAAGUUCUCAAGGGAUUGCCUAUUAAUAUGACGACUUCAGCCGACCAGAUAUGUGUGGACAUCCGGCAAUACGGUAUCGUUCCAUGGAAUGCUCUGCCCGGAAAAUUAUGUGGACCAGCUUUGGAGAAUAUCUGCAAAACCAGCGAGUUUUACAUGUCCUACCACCUCUUCAUUGUGGCUUGUGCUGGGGCUGGAGCUACCGUCAUUGCACUGAUCCACUUCCUCAUGAUUCUGUCUUCUAACUGGGCCUACUUAAAGGACGCCAGCAAAAUGCAGGCCUACCAGGACAUUAAAGCAAAAGAAGAGCAAGAACUUCAAGACAUCCAGUCCCGAUCUAAAGAACAGCUCAAUUCUUACACAUAAUACGAUUGCCAAGAUAAUACCAGUAGCCCUUAAAACCAGUCAGCUAAUGCAGAAGUGUAAUAUUAAAUAUAUAUAUAUAUAUAAAAACCUGCUACUGGAGCUGAUUCUGUCUAAUUAGAAAAAAAAAAAAACAAUUCAGUAAGUAACACAAUGUUCACACUUUCUUUGUUUUCUAUUUCUUUGUUUUGCUAUAUUUUGAUCUCAGGCAUUUUAAAAGGCAGCACUUUAAAGGAACCAAGUGAAAGAGGUUUUCAUAUUUAGGAUAACUCCGAGCAAAGGCUGGCGAAAAAAUUUCUCGGUAGUCGUACCAACCCGUUUCAGCUGUUGGUGUUUAGGAUCAGACCCGCCGAAGUGUUACUGUUUUGAAAUGAAAAUAGCGAAGUUCUGUUUCUUUAUAAACCUGUGAAAAGUUUCAGAAGUGCCAGGCAAUUAAUAAGAUGGACAUAAAGACUUCUUGUCAAAUAGGUGUCGGCAAAACCUUGAGCAUUCUAAAUUUCUGUAUAUGAAUCAGGAGAGCUUAAUUUUCUAGAUCAUGUGUAUAUUUUUUUCCUUCUUGAAUAUCUUAAGAUAUUUUUGGUUGUUUGAGUGUAAGACCAAUAGUGGGGAAACGCAUUUUUAACAUUGGUGCAUCGCUAAUAUAUAUAGUAUUUCCGUUAUUGCUAUAAGUGACUUAUUCCUCCUCCUGUGGUUAACUGUGAUUUUGUUUUGACAGUUGCACUUAAGAAAAAAAAUUAAAUAAAAAUUAAAAAAAGAAAAAAAAUGUGAUAAAUGUAGACAGUACGUGUUUAGAGUAUUAAAAAAAUAAUAAUAAUGCCAGGUCUACAUGAUGAUCUACAGAUAAUCUUCAUUACUGCUGAAACGUGAACAUACAGUGUUCAGGUAUUUUUGUUUGUUUUUUCGGCCUAAAAAAAGUUUUUUGAUGACAAAUUAAAAAUAAGACGUUUAUUGUAGGUAGAUAACAUAAUAGCCUAGCUUUUUUUUGGUUAAGCCAGUGCAUGGAAGAGUCGUAAAAUAUUUCUACUGCAAUGCAGGUGAUUGCUGUAGCCCAAUGUUCUCUUGUACGGAUAAUGAAGGCAGUGUCUUCUUCUUUAUUUUCUAUUCUGUGUAGUUGCUGGGAGUUCUUGUUUAGUGUAAUAUUUUUAUGUAAAAAAAAAAAAGCAUUACAUUUUGCUAUGUAUAAAUUUUUGUAACCUAACAGUGAAUCAAUAUUUUCUAUCAGUGCCAAGGGCUUCCUGUAGUUAAAUCCAAGUGUUAUAAUAAAUAUUUGUAGAUAAAAAAA